GCCGCUCCGCUUCUCCGGCCGCGGCCGCGGGACAUACCGCAACGCUCCCUCUUUCCUUCCCCCUGGUUGGCUGCCUGCGUGCGUGCGUGCAGCCGCGCCGUGUUUUUUCCCCCCUUACUUUCCUGCACUUUGUUUACUCGAUUUCAGCUGCUCGGUGUCACUCACACGCCGCGGUCACGUCUCCGUCGACUAGAAACAGGCUGCGAGCCCGCUCCGAUGUCUAUGAUUUCGGGACGGAGAGGUCGGUCUGCCCGCGGACUCUGAGGGAACAGGUGGAGGAAGAACUGCACGCUUUCAGAUCAGCACACACACAAAAAAAAGAAAGGAAAGAAAGGAAAAUGCCGAGGGAUUGAGUGCAUGCAUGAAGGGAGAGAAAAGCCUCCGAAUCUGCAGGAGCAACAGCUGAUCGAGUGAGCGCGGAGAGAGAGAGGGAGAGAAGGCUACUUACUGUCCGCCUCCACCGCCUCGGGGCUCGUGACGGCGGCCGGGUCGGCGGUCGCUGCGUUCCGCUGCCGGGGGACCGACGGAGGUUCGAUCAUCGCGCUCAGCUGGGAGUUGGAAUGUGAUAGGAAAACAGAGGAGCUGAAAGCGAACAGAAAGAAACUCUCCGGACGAAGAAAGCCGGUUCGGAUAAGUAACGAGAGGGGGGGAAGUUGACCCGCAGACCCGUAGAAUGUUUACCGGGCAGCAGGCCGAGCAUUAGGCCCAGCAGAACAAGAACCAGGCACUUUUCUAUCUUCCACCUUUUUUUCUCUCUUUUUUCCUGGAAGCUGAACUUUGGAAAGUGGAAAAUGGCUCUUUGAGAGUGUUGGCACAUUUCCCCUCACCACAAUGGCAACGGAGUCCUUUCUGUUGAACGAAGAACCCUCCAGAGCUCCUGGGAUGCCUGAGUGCUAUGUAGUGUCAGAUUCAUACAGGUAUUACCCCACUCACCUUCUAAACAAUGCCUUAGUGGAUGAAUUUCACCCCUUCAUCGAGGCCCUCCUCCCCCAUGUCCGUGCCUUCUCCUACACCUGGUUUAACCUGCAGGCUCGCAAGCGCAAGUACUUCAAGAAGCACGAGAAGAGGAUGAGCAAGGACGAGGAGCGCGCCGUGAAGGACGAGCUGCUGGGCGAGAAGCCGGAGAUCAAGCAGAAGUGGGCCUCGCGCCUGCUGGCCAAGCUCCGCAAGGACAUCCGGCCGGAGUUCCGCGAGGACUUCGUGCUCACCAUCACGGGCAAGAAGCCCCCCUGCUGUGUGCUGUCCAACCCUGACCAGAAGGGGAAGAUCCGCCGCAUCGACUGCCUCCGCCAGGCCGACAAGGUGUGGCGGCUGGACCUGGUGAUGGUCAUCCUGUUCAAGGGCAGCCCCCUGGAGAGCACGGACGGAGAGCGGCUGGUCAAGUCGCCCCAGUGCUCCAACCACGGCCUGUGCGUCCAGCCGCACCACAUCGGGGUGACGGUAAAGGAGCUGGAUCUCUACCUGGCCUACUUCGUCCACACACCAGAACAAUCAGGACAAUCGGACAGUUCAAACCAGCAAGGAGACACAGACGUCAAACCCCCAGCAAACGGCCACUUGAGUUUCCAGGACUGCUUCGUGACUUCAGGGGUGUGGAACGUGGCCGAGCUGGUCCGCGUGUCGCAGACUCCAGUUGCCACGGCGACAGGCCCCAACUUCUCUCUGGCAGACCUGGACAGCCCAGGUUACUACAACAUCAACCAGGUCACCCUGGGACGCCGUUCCAUCACCUCCACCCCCUCCACCAGGACUGAAAUGGAGCUUUAUGCAAGUCUCCCACGGAGCUCCAACAAGCGUAAGUCCAUCGACGACAGUGAGAUGGAGAGCCCUGUGGACGAUGUGUUUUACUCGGGCCGCUCCCCGGCCGCCGGCAGCAGCUCCCAGUCUAGCGGCUGGCCCAAUGACGUGGAUGCAGUGCAGCACCAUUUGGCCAGUGUGCAGGAGAGGAAGAUUAAGCAUGAGAGCGAUGGAGUGCAGUUUCCUUACCAUGGACUCUCGUCGCCUGGUUCUCAUAAGAAGCUGGGGAAAUUCGAUUUCAGCGCCCUGUCCUCCCAGACGAGGUCCCCCCGCAUGGCGUUCACCCACCACCCACUGCCAAUGCUGGCGGGAGUGAGACCAGGGAGUCCCCGUGCGUCAGCCUCGGCCCUGCACUUCCCGUCCCCCUCCAUCAUCCAGCAGUCUAGCCCCUACUUCACCCACCCCACCAUACGAUACCACCACCACCCCGGACAGGACCCCCUGAAGGAAUUUGUGCAGUUCGUCUGUGCGGAUGGCUCAGGGCAGGCCGCCGGACAGCCGAACGGGAGCGGCCAGAGCAAAAUGCCAGGCUCCUUCUUGCUGCCUCCACCUCCCCCAGUGGCCCGCCCAGUGCCCCUCCCCAUGCCCGACUCUAAACCCAACAGCACGCCCCCUGACGGCGGACUCUCCUCGCCCGCAUCUCCGUCAUACUCCACGCCAGGCGCCACAGCUCCCAACAGGUUUGUCGGCAUCGGAUCACGGGACAACAACUUUCUGAACAUCCCGCAGCAGACACAGUCUUGGUUCCUCUGACAAGAUCUGUGCACAAACCAGCAAAUAGAUAUCUUUCUUUACAAUUCAAAAUGAGAAAAAAAAAAAGAACAGAGAAACAACUUGCAGGAUGACAAUAAUUGUCUUACCAACCCGCCGACCAGCCCUGAGACAGUACGUCUCAUCUGAUAUGAAAUAUAACCAAGCAACGCAGGAAAUUACAGUCGCAUGACACUUCUAGUGGAACCCUGGACACAUUCACGCAGUCGGAGGGGGAGGACCUGAAUUGGGUGAAGAGGGAAAGACAAACGGAUGGACUGGAAGGAGGCUGGAAGGAAGAUGGAGCGGAGGAGGACGCAGUACGCGGGCCUCCUCACACCCAGGAACCACAGCAGCGAUGCGGCAGCAACAAGCGGACGUGGGGGGAGCGGUCAGCUUCUCCUGCUUUCCAAGGACGCAUAGUGAAACAAAUGGCUAAGGAAAAAAACAAUCAACAGUCCAGCAAGCUACAAAAAACUUUACCCACAACGAACCCAAAACACAAAUGAGACGAUGAGCGUCCAGUGAGAACAGCGGCCCAGGAUCUCAUCAUUGCCCAUAGCGAAACCCGAUUGGCUCCUCUUGCCCAGCCACCAAUAAGCAAGCGACCAUGCCAAACCGUAUCUUGAUUUAAAGUUGCACUACAAGCUGAAUCAGUCAACACUAACCCUUAACGAUGUGCACUAUUUAUCUACGAGGCAUGGGAGGUAAACCACACUCGCCAAGAUGAUUUUUACGUUCUACGAAAAGGAAGCACACCACCACAAGGUACAAGAAGCCUUCAGGCGUCCUCCACCCGGCAUGGUUCGAUUCAGCCAAUCACAGGUCUCCCCUUUGCUCACAACGUUGUCAGUCUGUGUGCCAUGACUGCAGGAUUUCUCACCUUUUAGCUCAUGAUAUUUCUAUAUGUAUAUGUAAAAGCUUUCCUUUUUUUUUUUUUUUUUUUUACCCAAUGAUCUCAGUAAAUUCCCUCCACACACGAAGCAAUCGGCGUCCUGGACUCUGAGAAAUGUCACGGCUAUUGGCAGCAGCUAUGAGUUUCGCCCCCAAUCGUCCCCAUUUUGUAACAUAGACGAACGCUGACUAAUUAUUUUUCCCUCGCGUGUUUUUUUUUUUCUUAUUUGAAUUGACUCCUUUUUGGAUUUGUACUAUUUUCUAAUUGUUUUUGUAUUUGAAUGGCAGCACCUUAAAGCGAGAGAAGAAGAAGUGAUAUGUUGGGGGACAAAGAACACGGAGUGGCUGGCUAACCCGGAGAAAAAUAGUGCUUGUAAAAACUUGGGGAAUAUGCCCACCUGCUGUUUUAGAUGUGGAGCUGGUAUCACACCCAUGGGGAGCUACAGUGAGCAGCUGGUUAGACUGGAGUUAAAUCAAAACAGUGUGAAGAGAUGGAUACGGCCAUGUUAACUUUAAAUUUCUGGGUAUUUACUAAGAAGUGACUAUAUUAGACAUGAUGGCGGAAACGGAGAACUGUUUUGGAGCUAGAUUGAACAAAAAUGUGAGGUUUUAGUUCGAUUUUUUAUUCUUAAAAAUCCCUGGAAAAUUAUGACAAUCACUUGCUUGAGAAGAAGAGAGUCAAACAGUAAAUAUGUUUGACCUACCAUUCGUCAGUGCUUGACUGAUUAAAGUCUGAGAUUGUGAGGAAAAAGCACCUAGUGGCUGCAGGUGUUAUUGCACUUUAAUUCACUUAGCAUUUACUUGACAUUUUGACUGACUGUGUGGUCCAUUUCCACUUGGAAGGCAGAAUUUGAGACACAAGCAGGACAAAUGAACUGGAUCCUCACCCAGCCCAAUCUCAGAAUCCAAAAUGGCUGAUGUGCGUGUCACAUGUAGUGAUGGUUGGAGCGCUAAACUGUCUAUCUGCAUUUCUGAUGGUAUGUAUCAGCAGUUAAUGGACGUGUUGCUAGUGCUAAUGAUUAGUCUCACAGUGGAUUGUGAUAAUUAACAUUUAAAGAAUAGCUAUGUUCAGAAUUUGUCAGCAGGUAGUGACUUACCUGGAGUUGGUACAGAUAUGUUAUCCCCAGAGGCUGAAGCUAGCAGCUAAUCCAUGGUCAAACAUCUUUUUAAAUCCGAAAAGGGAUUUUUGUUUUUAUUCUAUUUGAUGUUUCCGAGCAAUGUUUCUAGAUAGAAAUAAUUAAAUAUUUCUGAACAAAUUAAAACUCUUAAAGACGGGAAAAAUACUUUUGCUGAAUGAAACCAGUGGAUAUUUACAAAAGCGUUAAAACUACCGAUGUUUAUCAGGGUCUUCUUAGGCUUCAUUCACACGAAUGUAACCCAAAUUUGAUUUGGGGCUCGGAUGCGACCAUCCAGCUUUUUCACAUCAGUCUGAACGGCCUGAUUCCGAUCUUUUCACC